GCUAAAAUGUUCCCUUUUGUAACAAGCCCAUUAACUUCUAAACAGAUCACGACAGCUUAUUAAUAGCAAAGUUGGACUAUAUCUUUUGUAGUCUUCUGAAUAUAAUCAAAGAUGAAAGUUAUUGCUGACUGAUACUUUAUAUAUCUAAUACCUCCCAUGACUUCACACUUCCUUGAUUGAAGAUUACUUGGUGUAGGGAUGUCCCUGAAUUGUUUUGGCGCCUCUCUUUGGGCAGCCUCAUCUGAAACAUUUCGGCAGGGGGCAAGCAGUAGCUCUAAGAAUGAGGCACACAGUAGGGAUGUGCACGGACAGGUUUGGAGGCCCAUGAAAGGGCCACUGAGUGGGAUAUGAAUGUAAAAAUAAAAUAUUUGCAAAGCUAGGAACUUGGGCUGCAAUCCUAAGCACACUUCAUGCACUGGCUCUAGCCCAUGAAAGGCUAUGUCAGCUGUAUUUGAAAGCCUGUAAACUGCUUUGGAAACUUUUGUUGAAAAGUGGUAUAUAAAUACUUGUUAAUAGUUUCUGCUAUUACUUAACACGGAAGACUUAACACGGACCCCUCUGGAAACUGAAACACUUGCUUCGAAGCAAUUUGGCCUCAAUGGGAUUUGUUUCCAAGUAGUUUCCGGCUACUGCACGUGUUCGCGCGAUUGUGGAUUCCCGCCCCGCCCCCACCUAAACUUAGAUUACGAACUACCUAGAAAGUUAGUAACGUGCUACCCAGAGGAACGUCAAAGCCCCAUUGAAAAGAUCCUCCCCCUAAGCACAGCCGUCCUCCUAUCCCAGCCCCCGGCUGCUUCCUUCCGUUGCGUUUGGGGUGACGCGUUGCAACCCGCCUUCAGCGGGGUUGGGUCUUGCCCCUGAAGGAAAGCCGAGCGCGGGGAAAGUGCGGAUCACUGAAAGCGGGCGAAGCGCUUAGGGGGAAGCCGCUCGGCUGAGGUGAGGGAAACUUAAGGGCGCGGAAGCGAGGUCGUGUCGCCUGCCCAGUUCAGCACUAGUAGCUGUGGAGCUCGAGCCUUCGCCAGUGAUGGCUGAAUCAGUUUAAGUGCUGAGGCAACAAUUUCUGUGCUAUCAACAUGGACACUCCUUUGUCAGUUCCUUGGCUGCAGCGAUUUAAUAAGUCUUCCCGCCUACUCCUCUACACGUUGAUGUCUGGAAAUUGGGGGGCUCUUGCUGCCUUUCGAACCCUUCAGCGUUCCCUGUCAGGGGAAGAAUCAAGACAAGGAUUCAAUUGGCAGAUCUUCACAGAGAACCUGUGUACUCGAGAGCCUGUGCUUGAAGGGCCUGAGAAGACGCUUACCUUAAAACCAUUAUUGCUGCUGCUUCCAGUGUUGUGCCAAAGAAAUCUUUUUUCUCUGCUGCUUACAGUGCAGUCUGUAGUGCCAAGAGACUGCCUCAGUCGUCUACUUCAGGCUUCUAGGCAAGAUCCCAGCCUAGACCAAUGGGUGCAGAAACUGAGGGAUUUACUACAAGUGAGGCUGCAAGAGAAAAGCUCUUCAAUGCCAGUGCUACUAACAGAUGCAUGUCGGCAGCAGUUGAAAGAUCUUUGCCAGAAGGUUAUAGCCCCUGGUUCCAGCCAACUUAGUUCAGAAAGAAAAUUAAGCUGGUUCAUGAAACAGGCAGAACCCAGCUAUGUGCCAAUUAGAGAUUCUCAAAUUAGGAAAAACAAGAAAGUAGCUGAGGAAUCUCUGGACCUAGAAGAGGAGAGGCAAGGAAAACGAUCCCGACUAGAAGUUUGUGAACUGGAUACAGAGCUUUCCAAGACACCUACUCUGCCGCAAAAAUCUGGUAUAGCUAGUAUAGAGAAUAUGCUUGUGAUGGAGGCCUCUGAAGAUGAAGAUGUUCACGGUCUAACCAACAACCAUCAAAGUUCUCAAUCCAAGGGCAAAGUAGAAAGAAAUGCCAGUCAGAGUUCCCAACAGGAUACUGCAGCAGAAGUACCCGGUCAUAUCAAGGCACAUGUACCAAAACUUAAAGAACUGCUAGAGAUACAGUUUGAUCAUUCUGAUGGCAUUGCCCCUCCCGAAUUACAAGUUCUAAAUGAGUGUAAUCCAAGUCAGCUGGAAGGUUUGUGCUCCUUACUGCAGCUCUCAGAGUGCCCAGAGAAUGAGCUUCUGCAGUUCUGCACAUGGUUAGUGGCACUCUCGCCUGAUCUUGGCUAUACUAACGCCGCAGUACUUGCUGGAAAACUCUUCCUACCACGAGUUCUCUUGCUAACUGAGCCAGCCUCCUGGCUUCUCACAACUUCUCUGAUGAUGUUCUCUUCCAAAUAUGCUCGCCCAGUCUGUUGCACCUUGAUUCCUUCGAUUGUGCAAGCUCCAGGGAAAGGCCUUGAGCAGAUAAAACUAGUGUGCAAGCUAAUUCAAGAGUGCUUGGAGCCUGAAUAUGUGAGACUGGUGUUCAGCCAGAUUGUAGAAAUGCCAUGGUCAGAAGAUCUUCUCACAAUUGUGCAUUCUUUGCUGGAACGACAGGUGGAAUUGUCUACUGAACUUUUCAACUUAUUGGUCCUAAAUCUUUCCCAGAUGGCUCAAGAGUUUGCCAAGUCAAUGUAUUAUGCUAAGUUGGUUCUGACGGUGCUGACCAAGUACCAAAGCAGUAUUACGUUGGCCCACCAUCGCUGCUUAUCUUGUGCUCUAGACAGCAACAAAACAAUCUUAAAGAAGUCUCUUCAGGUGGCACUAAAGCAUGCGACUCCUACAUGAAAACAGAUUUGAAUGAUUUUCCUGUGUGGGGAGUGCAAGAAGGCAACCUUGUUCUUUAGUGCUGCUAACCAUGAGAUGGAAAUGGUUGAAGACACUUUCAGAGGCUGAGGAAUCAAAUCUGAUCUGUCUUUUGAGCCACUAACUCUUACAUUUGUCUUUUGGAUCUGUGUGACUUAACAAAAGAUGUCAACUAGAGAACUUUGGGUCUUGAUGAUGGUUCAGAUCAGAAAUGAAUAUAAUCUUAAAUUCAAUUUCUGAAUCUGUAUGUUACAUAUUUAUAUACUUUAGUGUUCUCAUUGCAAACCCUUUUGUUAUAUUUAACAAAUUAAAAAUAAUGGGGGCAUGGUAGCUUCUGUGGCCUGCUGUUGCAGGGGCCAAUGGACACAACUUGUUCUGGGCCACCCCAAGCUAACAUCACUGGAUGUUGCCUCUGUGGGAAGGAGUGCACUAAUGUUAACACUUGCAAGAAAAGAGUGAGACCAGGCACAGGGGACAUGAUGCUUCCUGACCAAUGCAGUUUUACUGCCUGGAACAUAAAAUAAGUGAUGACUGACAGCUCAGAGGAAAGGCUGGAGCCGGAUAGUUUUACCCUGCCACCAAUCCCCACAGAAGGCAGCUAGAGCAGCAGGUAGCUAUAACAGCAAAGGUUUGGGGAAAGAGAAUUGAAGUGAGGCUAGAGCAACAGGCAGUCAUAACAGAGGUUUGAGGGAAGGGAACUGAGCUGUGUGUCCCCACUUCCUGGGGACACACUAGCAUACCUUCUGUUGCUGUCACCCAAUCUGAUCAGGAAAGUCAGGGAGCUGAAAGAGCUACAGCAGUCAAUCUGAUGAACAUGCCCUUGGGGAACUAAAACACUUAAUGCUGGUUUGACAAGUUCUGGAGAGAUUGGGGUAUGUCCGGGAUGCUGCCUCUGGCAGAGGGUAAAGGCAAAAUACCAAAGAGGUAGGCUGUUGCUUUGGGGUCUCAAAGGGCACCACUCCAUGAAACUUGAACUAAUACAAUUGAAUGGAAAUCGAGACUAUCCCAAUAGAGGGAAACAGUCUGUGUUUGUCAUUUCUAAACUGAAUAGAUCUUGCAGCAUUGAAAAAAGUGAUUCUCAGAAGCAAUCUCCUUUUUUCACAUGGUAAAUAAAGAGAGCCACUCUUUCGCCUGCCUAGAAAGUGGAUUUGAGUAUUUCAAGGCUGGUCCAACAUGUUUUCCAAAGGCUGAUAACUGCAACAGAAUAAGCAUGCUGUCUUCAAAUUUGUGGCAUCUGCUUUUCUACUUGCAUGAUGAAGAUGAAAUUCAGGAAAUAAUGCUGUGUGCAAGUAGUCUUACCAGCACUCCCUCAGCUCAAUGCACAGUUGGAUCAAUUCCCUAAAGAAUGCUAUGCUAAGCAGAAGGGAUAUGUGCCAGUCUUAAAUAGCUGACUCGUAAAAAUGCUACUGUAAAGCAGAAUAUAUGGGAUAAAUUGUGCAGAAAAUAAAAGCAAGUUUUGUGUCAUGUUAGCCUA